AUGGAGCUGGACUGUGACCGAGCGGUGCGCAGCCUCAACGGGAUGUUCUCGCAUGCGCCUCAGCCGGCUCUUGGCCAGGGCGCGCCAGCCUGUGCUUUCGUCUCGCGCGCGCAGCGCGAGGCCAUCGACUUCGUCGAGGAGUCGGUGCGGGCCCUGGGAGCGCCGCCCCCGGGGCUCACCCCCGCAGAGGCUCUUCGGAAGCUUCGCGUGGCGAGCUGGUACGACGUGGACUCUGCCAAGCUCGGAUCCUACCGCCCCGACGCGAUCUCACUGCCCUCUGGCGCGGUUCGGCCGAUUCCGCUGGAGACUCUGUGGGGGAGCGGCGGGAGUGACACCGUGAAGGAUUUUAUAUCACAGAAUUUGCUGUGCUCCGAGAGGGCGAAGCAGCGACUGCAGGGCGUGGGGCUGGAGCGGGCGUACUCUGACCCAGCCUUGCGGCUGAGCCUGUGCACGGGCGAUGCCCUUUCGAGGUUGGAGCUGGGCCUCAACGACGAGCUCCACAUCCAGGGUGCCGACCUCAGCGACGCCUUUUACCACAUGGGCUUGCCUGAGGAGCUGAGGGGGUACUUCUCCUUCCGACCCGUGCGCGCCUCGGCGGUUGGCAUCAAGCUCCUCGGCGGGGAGCCACUCGGCCGGGGCGCUCUUGUCACGCCGCGCCUGGCCGUGCUGCCGAUGGGGUGGAGCUGGGCGCUGUGGUGGUGCCAGCGCGUGCAUGAGCGCACCAGCGUCGAGGCCGGCGCCUGCCCCGAGCAGCGGAUCGUCGACCACCGGCCGCCGCCGCCGAUGACGCCGGGCGCCCACCUGGAGUACGUCGACAACUUCAUCGCGAUCGGCACCGACUCCGAGUGGGUGGCGGCGCUCGUGCGGCGCGUGUCUGACGCGCUGCGCGCCCGCGGGCUCGAGGUGAAGGCCGAGGACCAUGCUGGCGAGCUGCCUGGUGAGUCGGAGGCGCUGGGGUGGUGCAUUGACCGAGGACGGUGCAUCGUGCGGCCCACGCGGGCCCGGCUGUGGCGUGCGCGCCUGGCCGUUCGAGGUGUCCUCGGCCGUGGCCGUCUUCGGGGACGCGACCUCGAGAAGCUCCUCGGGCAUCUGGUAUUUAUAUCUCUUAUCAAGCGCGAGGGCAUGUCUCUGUUCUGGAGCUGCUACGCCUUUGUCCGCAAGUGCUAUGACAAGGAGACCGGACUUUGGCCUGCUGUCCGGCGUGAGCUGGAGUACUGGGACGGCAUCGCUCCCCUCUUGUGGCGCAGCCUCCGUUCGCCUUGGACUGACGAGCUCAUCGUGGUCGACGCGAGCGAGUGGGGCAUCGGGGCUUGCGCUGCCCCUGCCCCCGCUUCGCUGGUGCAGAGGCUGGGCCACGUCUCCGAGCGCUGGAGGUGGCACCAUGGGCUGGCCGGCUCCGCGCCACGCCGGCACGCGGGGGCCGCGGCGGCCGCCGCCGCGCUGGCGGGCGAUCCCGCCGACGCUGCGCCGUGGAUGCUGGGAGCGGAGGCGGUCGCGGCCGCGGGCUUUCCUCCGCGGCAUGCCGGCGGCGACGGGCUGGGGGGGGAGGAUUCCGCCCUCCAUAGUCACAACCCCCAGACCCAGGCCGCCGGCGCAGCCGAGGGGGCCGCCGGGAGCGCGUUCGACGAGGUGCCGCCGGACGUGAUCAAGCUGCCCUGGCGCACCGUGGGGCGCCACCGCUGGCGCUGGCCGGAGGAGAGCAUGCCGGUCGCCGAGGCGAGGGCCGUGCUGCACGGGCUCCAGCAUCUCGUGAGAGCCUCGCGGCACCGUGGCCGGCGCGUCGUGGUGCUGGGCGACUCUUUGAGCGCGGCCGGGGCCGUGGAUCGUUUCAGGAGCAGUUCUUGCAAAAUGCUCCGAGUCACUCAGGCCAUCGCCGCCGUCACCCUUGUCACUGCCACCACCCUCCACUACCGCUGGCUGCCCUCAGAGUGGAAUGCAGCCGACAACCCCUCGAGGGGGCGUUUCUCCCCCUCGACCCCCCAGCCGCUGCUGCCUCGGGCCAAGUCUGGCGCGGCGGGGCCAGGCGCCGCUGGGCCGCCCGGGAAGCCUGCCGAUGUUGGCGCGGGCGCGGCCGCCCGCGGCGCCGCCGCGCGCCCAGACGGCCUCGGCGACGCUGACCCGGUCUACGUUCAGGCCUCCGGGGACGUCGAGGCCGCCAGCCGCCCGAGGAAGCGGCGUCGGGUGGCGGCGACUGCGGCGGCGGCGGCGCGCCGGCGCUCCGCGGCCGUGCAGCUGCCGGGCCUGAGCGUGCUGGAGACGGGAUCGAUCACGGCGGCGACGCGGGCGCAGUACGUGGAGGCUUUCGACGGCUUCCAGGCUUGGAUGGCAGAGCGGGGCGUGCAGCCCACGACGCUGGACGACUACGACGAGCAGCUGGUCCUCCGCCUGGACGAGCUCUACCUGGACGGCGAGGGGAUCGGGGCCGGGCAGAAGCUCUUCGCGUCGCUGUUGGCCGCGCUGGUAAGCUACCUCGUGAGCGUCUCGAAGCUCGAGGCGGCGCUCGUGCUGUGGCUGAGCUUCGAGCUGUACUUGCGCCCAAGCGAGCCGUACCACAUCCGGGCCACCGACUUGGUUCGCCCGGCUCGCGGCCGCCUGGGACACGACAGCUGGAGCGUGACUCUGCACGCCGCCGAGACGGAGGUGCUCUCGAAGACCGCCGAGUACGACGAGGCGCUGAAGCUGGACCUGCCGCGGCAGGAGCUGCUGGGCCCGGCGCUGGAGGCCUCCCGCGAGGUCUCGAGCGCCCUCUCGGCCGCCGCCAAGGCCUUCGGGAUCGAGAAGUUCCUGCCCGGCCUGCACCCUUACAUGCUCAGGCACGGGGGCGCGUCUCACGACUACGGCAGCAAGGCCAGGUCCCUCGUCGACGUCCAGCGCAGAGGCCGGUGGCAGUCGUGGCAUUCGGUCCGCCGAUACGAGAAAGGCGCUCGCCUGUCGCAGGUGCUGCAGAUGGUGCCCGCUGCGAUGCAGGACCACGCAGCGCGGUGCGCCGACUCGCUCGGCGAGAUCACCCGCUUCUUCCUGGAAGUGUUCAGCGGCUCCGGGCGCCUGGGACGGGCGGUCGCCGCUGAAGGGCUGCCCGUCCUGCUUUGGGACAUCUGCCUGGGCCCCGAGUAUGACCUGCUGAGCCCGCAGAAGCGUGGGCUGAUCCGGUCCUGGGUUCGAAGCGGGCUCGUAAUUGGCAUCCACAUCGGGACGCCCUGCAACACAUGGAGCCGUGCGCGGGACAUCCCGCCCGGACCGAUGCCGCUGCGUAGUGACGCUUUCCCUCUUGGCCUUCCCGACUUGAGCGUGAAAGAUCAGGCCAAGGUUGAUGCAGGCAACGUUUUCAUGAUUUUCAGCGCUGGCCUCAUGCACGAGGCCAUCAGGGCCAACAUCCCAGCUAGUAAUGAGAAUCCCCAGACGAGCCGACUUUGGCUCGCCCCUCCUUUCGUCCGCCUGCUGCGCUCGUCGGCCGUCACUUUCACUAUCACGCACUUCUGUCAGUGGGGAGCGCCGUGGCGAAAAGCCACGGCUUUCGCCACAGCUAGCGGCCCGUUGCGCGAUCCUCGGCAGACCGCGGCGCGCCUGGGGGACGCCGCCGCGCGGGUCGCUGCAGGAAGGGCCGCUACAGUCCUGCAGGAGCUCAUGGAGUGCUCGCUGCGUUGCCCUAAGGCGGCCAGCGUGACGGCGCCGCCGUCUCAUAAGCUGGCCGCUGGCGUUUCUGCGCGGCUGUGCGGCGCGGAUGGGUUUGUGCUCUCAGUGUGCACCAGGUGGCGCGUCCCGCGCGCAGAUGUCGUGCCCCUGCACAGGGACGGAGAUGGCCGCAUGGCGCCCAACCCAGAACCGAUCGAGCAGUGCAGGUCCGAGAUGUCCUCGACGGAGUGUGAGCGAAAUUUCCCCGUGGAAGACGCGGAUGUACGCCGCGUUUUCCCCGGCAUCCUCAUCAACCAUCCGCCGAGGAGUGCGCCGCCGAUCUACAUGACUGCGGCCUUCCUGACUUUCGCCGUCCAGAACUUCUACGAGGAGCUGAACACGCGUGCCGUCAGUCACGGGGUCCUUAGUCUGUACGCUGCGAACGCCUUAUCAUUGCAGCUCGGUUCUGGCGCGGUUCCCGCUGUGACGGCGGUGCCGCCAGCUGGUGCUUUGCGUGCGAUGCUCCAGGUGGUGCUCGGCAAUUUCUUGGACAAGGCGGUGAUCCGAGGCGACGGGAACUUCAAGCUCGCCAAGCGAGUGUGCCAUCGUGUGCGGGGCUCGCGCUUUCACUUGCGGCCGUUCACCAUCGUCUCGGCGUGGACUGGGACGGACGGCAGUCUGCUGAUGCCCGUCACCUUGAAGCGCGGCGAGACGGUCUCCGCCAUCGUCGAAGACUUGUCGCCGCUGCUGGACAGCAUCAAAGCCGCCCGCCUCGCCGCGGACCUGCCGCCCAAGGCGCGCGCUCCCGUGUUCCACGCCACGGACUACUUCCGGAGCCACCGCGUGCGGUUCCGGGCCCUGUGCAGGCAGAAGUGGCCAGAGCGGAACCUCGGCCCACCGAAGCCCGAAUGGCCACCGCGCGGGACGCCCGCGGAGGCUUGGAUCCCAAACGGCAUCCUGCUCCACGUCGCCCACCUCCGGGUGGAGGUAGAGAUCGGUUACAGCCAAUUGCGGGCGCCCCCCGGGCUCCGGCUGCGGCCCGCCAUGGGUUGA